AUGGCCAGCAGCCAAGUAAUACUGGUUCUCUUCUACGGAGGAAUCUGGAAAUCCCUUUCUACAGCAAUACCUCAAAACAUUUCCAUGCAUAAAAGAAACACAUACACCAGCAUCGGGAGUCCAACAGAAGACAAAGCUCCUCUAUAUCAGCUGGAAGCAAACGGACCCAUUUUACACAAAUCUAGAAGAGCACUGACUGUUACGACACCAUCUCAGCUCCCCGAAGCACACGCAGAACCCAGCGAAGGAAGCUGGAUAGCAGCACUGAUAAUUGGCAUCAUUUUGAUUAGUAUGAUAAUGGCUAUUGUGAUAAUUCUUCUGUGGAAGUGCUGCAGGAGGCCGGCUCUAGUUGAUGCAAACUGGGCAGGUCGUUCUCCCUUUGCAGAUGGAGACACACCGGAUGGCUUUAUGGAUUCUGACCAGGUUACCAAACGUUCAUCGGUUUUAUUUAUGUUGCCUUGGAAAUUAAAACUGGACACCAACCUACAGCACGACCCCACUGCAUCAGAGAAGCCGCCCCACUGCACGACCAGCAAUGAGAACAGCCAGUUGCCUCCACCAGCAGAGGACGGCUCCGCGGCCGGUGUUCCAGUCCCCGACACGGACACCUCUCCAGCUCCCAUCUCCGAAGCGGCGAGCUGUGCGCACCACCCCUGUCCUCUCCCUGAAUCCCCACAUCUGCCACCUCCACCCGACUGGCUCAGGGAACCAACUGAGGAUCAGAGCUCAGAUCUUGGCAAGUACCCAGAAUGUCACUCAGAAACAGAGGAACAAUUGCCCCCACCACCCGAGUUCCUUAUUCGAGAGACUGAUGAGCCACUGCCCCAGCUGCCAGCGCCAGAAUACCCUUUGUAG